UUGCGGAUCCAUAGUAUUCUUAAUUUGGCUUCCAUCAUGGCACCAUUUAAUUUUGAGGGUGAUAUCCAAAAUAUUAAUGAACGUCAGCUUGAGUUUAUUAACAGUGCGAUUGAAAAACAAGGAUUAAAAAACAGCAAAGUGACGUUUCAUGCUGUUGGAACGGCUGGUGACAAUUAUGUGGCAAAUGUUAAAAGAAUCACUGUAGAAGGAGAAAAUGGCAAUUUGAACAUAAUUGCCAAAAUAGCACCUUCAUCGCAGAGCCUACGGGAAAACUUUCACAGUGCAUUGUUAUUCAAUAAUGAGAUUUUUGUGUACUCUAAAGUCAUACCAAAGUUCAUCCAAUUACAAAAGCAAGCGGCUGUGCCAGAAGAGGAACAAGUUAAAUUUCCAAAAUGUUACGGAACAUUUGACGAAGCACCCAAUGAAAUUAUACUACUGGAAGAUGUCAAGGUUCAAGGGUAUAUUAUGCUGGAUCGAUUCAUACCCCUCACAGACUACGUUGUGAAAGGUGUUUUGAAAAGUUUAGCAGUGUGGCAUUCACUGUCCUAUGUCUUAAAAAAUAAAGAACCUGAAACGUUCAAUUAUUUCAAAGAUAAUUUGGUCGACUUAUGGUCAAUUCUUGCUGAAGACAAGGAGAAUAAUGAAUCAGCAGUUGCUUUCAUAACUCAAGUUGAAAAUAUGGCCUUGGGUGUUCUAGCUGAUGAACCAGAGUACCAAAAUAUUAUAAAAGGCAAAGUAAUUUCUUCAGUAGAAAGAGCUGCAAAAUUGAAGAAAGAUGAAAAUGGGAAUAGAUUUUCAGUUAUUCAACAUGGCGAUACUUGGACCAACAACAUUAUGUUCAAGUUUCAGGAGGACACAUUAAAGGAAUCUAUGUUAAUAGACUACCAAAUGGCGAGGAACACAAGCCCAGUCGCUGAUCUCCUGUACUUCUUCUUCAACUGCACCCACCAUUAUGCUAGAGUAGAAUACUUCAACGAAUGGCUGGACUACUAUCACUCGCAAUUAGACAAUUCAUUAUCCAACUAUGGUCUCAAAGCUAACUACGUUUACCCCAGAGAUCAGUUAGACGCUGAUUUGAAGAGAUACGGUAAAUUUGCUUUAGGUAACGCUAUUCUAACAAAUAGUAUGAUAAAUUUGAAACCUGAAGAAGCCACUAAAGUUAAAGCGCAAAUGGAUUCGGCUGAUAUUGCUAAUGUUGAUGCAGUAGGCAGUAUGGAUAGUGCAUCUUUACUUGUGUAUAAACGCAAGGUUAUUGGUAUUGCUUUGAGCUUUGAACAAUUCGGUUUAUUGUAAUUUAUAUUUAAAGGACUAUAAUUAUUAUUUAUGAAACUAUGUUACUUAAUUAAUAAGUGUUGCCUCAGGAACAAAUAGAAAAUCCAAUAUCUUGGAAAGCAAAGAAAAAAUGUGUCGACAUUCUUAUUUGAAUGGUGAAAUUGAAAAAUAAAAGAAUUAUUAAUAACGCUUCAGUUUUUUCAACACAUUCCACAAUAUUUAUUAUGCGAAUAAAUGAUGACUUUGCAAACCAAAAUAUGAUUAGAGAUAAUGAUUAUGAUACGGAUGUAACUGGUGAUUAACUAGUGAUGUUACUUUUAUUAUAAUGUUCAUAUUUAUUACUAGGUAAGAUAGUUACUGUUUAU